UCAAUUGGUCACAUCUCUCAACGACUACAUAUAUCCAGGGCAGCCGAUCGCGAGCUAUCCCAAUCCCAAUAGAGUAACAGACAGAGCUAUCCCGAUAGCAGAAACCAUGGCGGGAGAAGGAGAUCUGAAGCUGCUGGGCCUGCUGGUGAGCCCGUUCGUGACCCGCGUCCGGCUGGCGCUGCACAUCAAGGGCCUGAGCUACGAGUACAUCGAGACGGACGUGCUGGACAAGGGCGAGCUCCUCCUCCGCUACAACCCCGUCCACAAGAAGGUGCCCGUGCUCAUCCACAACGGCCUGCCGCUCUGUGAGUCGCAGGUCAUCGUCCAGUACGUCGACGAGGUCUGGGCCGCCGCCGGCAAGCCCAUCCUCCCCGCCGACCCCUACGCCCGCGCCACCGCCCGCUUCUGGGCCGCCUACGUCGACGACAAGCUGUUCCCCGCCUGGCUGGGCAUCCUCUUGGCCCCGACAGAGGCGGCGAGGGCGGAGAAGGUCGGCGAGACGCUCGCGGCGCUCGCGCAGCUGGAGGUGGCCGCGGCCGAGUGCCUGGACGGCGGCAAGAAGCCCUUCUUCGCCGGCGACUCCAUCGGGUUCCUCGACCUCGCCGUCGGGUGCAACAUGUUCUGGAUGGAGGCGCUGCGCAGGAUGUUCGGCGUGACGUUCCUCGACGCGGGGAAGACCCCGCUGCUGGUGGCGUGGGCGGGGCGGUUCGCGGGCACCGAGGCGGCGACGGCGGUGGUGCCCGACCCGGACGACGCGGUGGCGUUCGCCAGGAAGCUUCAGGCCAAAUAUGGUUCCGCUCCACCUGCCAACUAGACUGGCUUCUUCUUCAUGGAGACAUGACUUGUCCGUGAUGUAAUAAAGCCGUGAAGGAGACAUGAUUUGUCGACCUUCAUGGACAUGGCUUACGUUUACGCAGUGCUAUCUGAAGUUGUGAA